AUGGGACUGGAUUCCAGUGCAGAUGUGAAGAGAACCUUGCUUGGUCAUCUAAUACCUGCAAUAUUUAUGGAGCGUGUGAUGCCAUCAUCGGUGACACGUGUGGAUGCCUUAAUGCUCUUCCAGCUGAUGGCCAAUACUGCCAGACAAUCUCCACCCCAACAGUGGACGCUGAUUUGGUCUUUGAGCUGUACAUCCCAGUCUCAAGCAUAUCAUUAAAUGGACUUGAUGAUUUCAGAAAAAAUCUGAAAAGUUUCAGAUUCCCCUACAUUGUCCAUCAGACUUUGAGCAUAACAGGAGUUAAUAUGACCACAGUUUGCUAUCCAAACUCAAGUGGAGGUCUGCCGUGUCAGUGUGAGGAUCAGUUUGUCUGGUCAUGUGACCAGUGUAAGACCUACGGUGUGUGCGGAAACCUCACCACACACACCUGUGGAUGCAUAAAUGGACUUCCUUCUGACGGAGGGUUCUGUGAACCAAUCACAAGUAACGCUCCAUGUCCAACCCCAACCCCAACAUCUGGCACUGUGGACGCUGAUUUGGUCCUUGAGCUGCGCAUCCCAGUCUCCAGCAUAUCAUUAAAUGGACUUGAUGUUGUCAGAAAAACUCUAAAAAGUUUCAGAUUUCCCAACAUUGUCGAUCAGACUUUGAACGUAACAGGAGUUAAUAUGACCACAGUUUGCUAUCCAAACUCAACUGGAGGUCUGCAGUGUCGGUGUGAGGAUCAGUUUGUCUGGUCAUGUGACCAGUGUAAGACCUAUGGUGUGUGCGGUAACCUCACAACAAACACCUGUGGAUGCAUAAAUGGACUUCCUUCUGACGGAGGGUUCUGUGAACCAAUUACAAGUAACGCUCCAUGUCCAACCCCAACCCCAACAUCUGGCACUGUGGACGCUGAUUUGGUCCUUGAGCUGCGCAUCCCAGUCUCCAGCAUAUCAUUAAAUGGACUUGAUGUUGUCAGAAAAACUCUAAAAAGUUUCAGAUUUCCCAACAUUGUCGAUCAGACUUUGAACGUAACAGGAGUUAAUAUGACCACAGUUUGCUAUCCAAACUCAACUGGAGGUCUGCAGUGUCGGUGUGAGGAUCAGUUUGUCUGGUCAUGUGACCAGUGUAAGACCUAUGGUGUGUGCGGUAACCUCACAACAAACACCUGUGGAUGCAUAAAUGGACUUCCUUCUGACGGAGGGUUCUGUGAACCAAUUACAAUGCACCGUGCAACAGUAGUCUCAGUUGGGUAUCGCUCAAUGUCCGGCCCCAACCCCAACCCCAACCCCUACCCCAACCCCAAAUCCAACUCCAACUCCAACCUCAAAUCCAACCCCAACCCCAACCCCAACCCCAACUCCAACUCCAACAUCUGGUAUCGCUCAAUGUCCGGCCCCAACCCCUACCCCAACCCCAACCCCAACCCCAACCCCAAAUCCAACUCCAACCUCAAAUCCAACCCCAACCCCAACCCCAACCCCAACCCCAACCCCAACCCCCACUCCAACUCCAACAUCUGGUAUGAGAAACACUUUCUUUUGUUUUUAUCUUCAGAGGACUUUUUAUUACAUGGACACAUUUACUGGACAAUAAAAACUUGUUUGAUGGGUUUUCUCCUGUUUUUCACCACAGGCACCGUGGACGCUGAUUUGGUCUUUGAGCUGCGCAUCCCAGUCUCCACAAUAUCAUUAAAUGGACUUGAUGUUUUCAGAAAAACUCUGAAAAGUUUCAGAUUCCCCUACAUUGUCGAUCAGACUUUGAACGUAACAGGAGUUAAUAUGACCACAGUUUGCUAUCCAAACUCAACUGGAGGUCUGCAGUGUCAGUGUGAGGAUCAGUUUUUCUGGUCAUGUGACCAGUGUAAGACCUAUGGUGUGUGCGGUAACCUCACAACACACACCUGUAGAUGCAUAAAUGGACUUCCUUCUGACGGAGGGUUCUGUGAACCAAUCACAAGUAUCGCUUCAUGUCCAGCCCCAACGCCAACGCCAACGCCAACGCCAACGUAUGCCCCAGCCUCAGCCUCAUCCUCAGCCCCAGCCCCAGCCUCAGCCUCAUCCUUAGCCUCAACGUCAGCCCCAGCCUCAGCCUCAUCCCCAGCCCCAACUCCUACCCCAACCUUGACCCCAACAUCUGAGCCAAAUGUCGAGAGGAAGUUCUCGUUUAGCAUGGCCCAGGACUACAAUCCUGCCUUCAACGACCUCAGCAAUAAAGUUUAUCAAGAUGUUAAUGCCGCUAUUCAAAACCAAAGUAGGAAGCACAUCCCAACCUUAAAAUCAGCUACGUUAACAGAAUUCAGGAGUGGAAGCACCGUUGUGGAUUACAGCAUAACAGCAACUGCAUUUGAAGAAAGCCAAAUCGAAGCAUUAAAAAUUGGGAUAUUUUCAAAACUGGCAGAAACCUAUUCUAUGAUUUUUGACAGCCCAAAAUCCAUAACAUUUGCUCCCCCUUUUUUUGGAAGAAGUGUGAGUUUGACUUGUGGUACAACACCAACUUAUCUCAAUUUCACUGGCAGCUGGACCACAGAGUGGAAACGUGACGGCGAGUUAAUACUUCAAGAUAGUCUACACAGUUUUUCGAAAAACAACGAAAGUGAAACUUUAACAGUGUCAAAAUUUUUUGCCACUGACAAUGGAAACUACGAAUGUAGGCUGAAAGAAGCAAACAUCUUCAGACAGAAAUCCAACGCAUUUUUCUCUUAUAAGGACACACCAUUAGUCCAAGUAUCACCAGUGAGAAAAAGGGUCAAGUGUGAGGUGGGAAAGAGAGUGUCACUGAAGUGCUCUGUCAACAGCCCCUACCUGGUUGAGUUUAAAGAUGUUGGAUCUGACGUAAAAGGUCAUGAAAUCACAUAUAUACAUCAAAUUGAGAGCUGUCCAACACCGACGAAGAAGUUCACAUGUCAAUCGGCAAACUCAUCUGAUUUUAAAAAUGAAAUAACACUGGAGUUCCCCACGGGGGACUUCUUAUGUGUCAAUGAAAGUGAGUUUGGCGUUGGAAAUCUUGGUGACCGGGCUGAAGGUUCUUGUGAUUCAACUGAGGUGGGAACUAAGAUAGCAGAGUGUCAGACAAAUAGAACCUGGAAAGUUGUAGAAGACCAAUGCAUCCUAAAGGAAAUUCAGGCGCUGCUUAACCAGUCUGAGACCCUGAAUAAUAAUUCACUGGCAGCAUUCCUGAAACAACUCAGAAAUGUCACUCUGAAGUUCAGAGAGAAAGUGGUUGAAUCAUCGCCCAACAUUAAUGCCAUCGUUAAAAUAUUCAAUAAUGUAGCAACCACGACAUCAUCUUUAAAUAUCUUGAUAACUAAUACUGAAAUGAAGGAUAUCCUACUCACUGCAGAUGUCCUCACAGCAGAUGAGUCAAGGCAACAAUGGGACUUUCUUAACACCAAAUCCAUUGUAAAGAGCUCAGUAGCAAAACGUAACGUCCGCAAGGCUGAUACUGCCAGCUCAUUAUUUUUGCAAUCUCUUGAGACUAUAACAAGUAACAUUAACAGUAACUCUUUUGAGAUUGUUACGCCUUCUAUUCUCUUUAACAAAACCACAUUCACAGACACCUUCAGUGGUGACUUUAAUUCUUCAGUGGAAAUAGACAUACCAGACGCUAAUGGAGGAAAUAAGUCGAUCACAGUGAUAACAUUUUCCUCAAUGGAUAACGUGCUCCCAGCAAGAGACAAAGUCAAUUCAACCCUCAAUUUCAUCAAUGGGAAGGUCGUGCUUGUCCAGUCCGCUGCCACCGUCAAUAAUAUUUCCUUUGCCUUUGAUAUCAUCAACAUUACUCUGGGAAACCCACAGUGUGUUUUCUGGAACUUCAGCCUCUUCGAUGGCAUGGGAGGAUGGGACGACAAGGGCUGCAAUUUGACAUUCAACGUUAACAAUACUGUCACCUGCACAUGCAACCAUCUGACCUCCUUCUCCAUCCUUAUGUCUCCCUCGGUUCCUCAUUUCCCUGUAUUGGAUUAUAUAACCUAUAUUGGAGUUGCCAUAUCCAUUGCCUCCUUGGUUAUAUGCCUCAUCAUUGAAGCUGUCAUAUGGAGAAAAAUUCGAAAUAAGACCACCCCCUACCUGCGUCAUGUGUCCAUUGUUAACAUUGCCUUGUCCCUCCUGAUUGCAAACAUUUGGUUUAUUAUUGCAGCAGCCAUCUCAGAUGCGAAGGUGAAAAACCAACCAGCAUGCACUGCAGCCACCUUUUUCAUCCAUUUUUUCUACCUAGCCAUGUUUUUCUGGAUGUUAGCCUCAGCUCUGCUUUUGCUCUACCGCACAGUCAGUGUGUUUGGCGGGGAUUUGUCUAAGCAUUCUUUGUUGGCUAUCGGAUUCUGUUUAGGCUAUGGGGCACCCCUCAUCAUUGCAAUCAUAACCAUAGCUGUAACUGCACCCGCAAAGGCCUACAUCAGAGAAACUGGGGUCUGCUGGCUCAACUGGGAUCCGUCCAGGGCUCUACUGGCAUUUGUGAUCCCUGCACUGAUUAUAGUGGUAAUAAACCUGGGCAUUCUGAUUGUGGUGUUGUACAAAAUGUUGAGGAGAAGGGCAGUGGUAGAUGCUGCACAGGCCGCAGAGAGGAACGCUCUUGUGGUUAUUGCUCGGACUUUGGCCUUCCUCACACCAUUUUUUGGAUUAACUUGGGGUCUGGGAGUUGGAACUAUGACUGACCCACACAACUUAGGAAUCCAUAUUUCAUUUGCAAUCUUCAAUUCACUGCAGGGUUUCUUCAUAUUGUUGUUUGGAACACUGUUGGACAAAAGGGUGCGGACAGAAAUAGCAUUGAUGUCACAAACAUCCAGAAGUGGGACAAGGAGCACCAGCGGUGGAAUGUCAUCAUCAAACGGACUGGGCAUUUUCCGAAACUGGAGAAGAGGAAGAGAUGGUUACAACUCGUCAUCUAAUGAAUCGGGUGUAUCGCACUCCUUCGUCAACACUUGAUGAUCGGCUUUGGCAAACCAACUAUAACACAAUUUUCUUUUCUUCAUUGCAGCGACAAACAAGGAAAGAUGAGCAUUUAUUUAAAUCAUAAAUUAUAGAUUUUAUUUAGUCAAAGCAUUGCUCACAACAACACUGAUUCAAUUAGCAUAAAACGAUUUAUCUAGUGUUACAUACCUUUUGUUAAUGUAAAAUAUAAAUGGAAUUAAUGAAUGAAUUUAAUAUGAAUGAUAAUGUUUUACUUUUCUUUAGUUAUAUCUUCUGUCUUGUUUACACAUACACAUUAUGUGAACUGGUCAGGUCCCCAUUGAAUGUGAUGCUUUACAUUAUAUUGUGAAGACACACAUCAAGGUUUGUGUAAGAUUAGGAUUUGGCAAGUAGGGGUAAUGGUACAGGGUUAGAUUAAGAAACUAGGAAAUUAAGUCAAUGACAUCAGAACUUUUCAAUACAUGGCUGUGUGUGUGUGUGUGUGUGUGUGUGUGUGUGUGUGUGUGUGUGUGUAAUAGACAAUCAAAUGUCCACAAAGUAGAUGCAAAAUGAUUUGUUAUGGUUUGCCAAUCAAAUCAGUUACACAGCGCAAAUUGUGUUACACAGUUCAGUGAACUUGUUUACUUAAGGGGUGGCAUCACAAUGACAAGUUGUCUUAGUAUCAGGUAAAUGGAGCAGCAGGAAUCACUCCCUGGUUAGGGUUGAUAAUUUUGGUGUGUGUGUGUGUGUGUGUGUGUGUGUGUGUGUGUGUGUGUGUUUGUGUGUGUGUGUGUGUGUGUGUGUGUGUGUGUGUGUGUUUGUGUGUGUGUGUGUGUGUGUGUGUGUGCGUGUGCGUGCGAGUGCGUAUGACACAAACAAAAAAUGCGCUUGAUAUUCCACAAUAGAGGCGGUGGACUAGUGGCAGAAAUGUUGGACUAUGGGCAGAAAGUUACAGACAUCACCGGUUCGACUCCUUGCAGUGACAAUAAAAACCUGGAUGGACAAACCUUGGAUCUGUUUGAAAGUCCAAAGAGGACUCUCCCUACCCCCACUGUCUAAGUGCUCCUGCGCAAGGCACCUUACUCCCCCAACAUCUGCUCCCCGGGCACCGUACAUGGCUGCCCACUGCUCUGUGUGUCCUGAUAUAUUAACCACAUGGGUCAAAAGCAGAGGAUACAUUUCCAUCAUCUGCAUGUAGUGUGACUGUGCAUGUAUUUGGGAUCAAUAGAUGUAUCUUAUCCUUUUUUAAUCCUAAAAAAAUCUCAUUCACUGUGUUUUUUUUGCAAUCCUGUGAAACAUAAAACUGAUAAAGUGGCAAGAUCACAGUUUUAGAGGGUAGUAGUGGGUGAAAUGUCCAACUUUAUCAAAGCUCCAUCAUUCCUGUUCUUCCCACUGUAUUUCAGGAACUUGAAUUCUUGGUACUGAAAUUGCAAAUGUAAACAUUUCUGUUAAUUUGCCUUUAUUGUUUUUGGCUGGGAGUGAAAAACAAAGCAGCACAUUGGAAGUAACAAAGAAGCCAAUUGUGAGUCACAGCAUUUAUGUAAAGUAAGUCUCCUGCAGAGCCACAGGCAACAAUGACUGGCACAGAAUGCAAUAGUCACACUACCCGUGUUUUUAUAUAAUGCAUUUGAUAGUGCAAUAAAUAAUAUUGGUAUGCCUCCAUUACCUGGUUCAAAUUUGGUGCUCAAAGGUCAGUGACAGGGUUCUCGAAGCAUGUUUUUACCCCCUUGAAUGUGAUAUCUCAAGGCCCCCAUGAGGAAAUUUCUUUCUACACUUGACCAGUUGUCACUUAUAUGGAUGGAAUUGAAUGGAAAAAAGAUCUAUGUUGACUUAAAUUCUUGUCAGAGGCAAAAAACUGCAGUGCUUUAUUUCUUAUAUUAAAUAUUGUUUUGUAAUGGAGCUUAUGUGCAACUUAAAUAAAUGAUGUGUGUAACAGUAAAGACAAGUUCUGAUCACUAUAUUUGUACACUAAAGAUUUGUGAGAGAAG